GAUUAAAUAUGCCGUGAUGAAUGAUAAAAUUUUAAAUUACAUUAGGUUUAUAAAUGAGUUGAUUUAUAAUCGUCAUUAGUGAGUUGUCCGGUUUCUUGGGUUAAAUAUGAAGGGCUUAUUCGUUUUGUUGUGCGUUUUCGUCGCUGCGCAGGCUCGCAGCACUGGUGUGCAAUCUGAAUCGCACCGUAUCGCGGCUGCGCCUGGUGAGAACCCCUGGGUGGUCCACCUGAGGCUGGCGGUGUCCACCAGCGGCCUGCUCAAUUCCUGCGUGGGCUCGCUGCUCAACAACCGAUGGGUGCUCACUUCCAGCCGAUGCACUCUCAACCAGCGUUUUAUCUGGCUCCGGUACGACGCGACAGCGGUGUACAGCCCUAGCCUGGUGACGGAAACCAGCCAGGUCACCACCAAUGCGGGACUCGGCCUGUCUCUCAUCAACAUCAAUCGAAACGUUGAGUUCACUGCUAACAUCGCGCCGGUAAGGCUCGCUAGCGGCAACGUCGUCCCAGCGUCGGCUAAGUUCUGCGGCUACGGAGCUAACGAUGAUGGCGCUGCUGGUGAGUACCUGAACUGCGCGGAAGUGGACGUGGCAGUCCAGGAGGACGGCAGCGUGGUCGCUUCCGCUGAUGCCACUCAGUUCGAUCUGGGUGCCCCGCUAGUGGCUGACGGUGUCCAGUACGGAGUUCUGGUCCAGGUUGCAGAGGAGAAUGUAUUCGUGAACAUAGCAUCCGCUCGCGAAUGGAUCUCAGACGUGACUGGUAUCCCUCUGGAGAGCGACGAGAGCGACAGCAACGAAUCGAACGGCGACAGCAACGAAUCGAACGGCGACAGCGGAGAAGACGAUACGGAAGAAGAUGAAUCGAGCGGCGACAGCGAAGAGGAUGAGUCGGUCCGCUUCGUCAAUUAAACUCUUCGACAGAUUUAUGUCAAUAAAGUGUUUUUAGAUGCACCAGUGGUUUUACUUCUUUUACAACUUGCAAGAGAUGUCAGAGGCACGACAUCAAUGUCGAUUCAUAACAUCUUCAUUAUAAAGGUGUAUACAAAAAUUUAGCUCACUAAGAGUUUUUCCGCAGCUAAAACCGAAAAUGACUGGACCAAACGAAGACACUUAUAUCAGUGUUACAAUUAAUAAUUAUAGGUAAAUACUACAUUUACCAUAUCUGGAACAAACAGUAAGUGUUUAAAUUUUACAUAAUAAAUUACUAAAACGACCAAUAAAAUAAUUCAAAUAUAGACUUUAACUUCUAGUGGCCGCAAGCCCUCGAUACUCAAAGAAGUACAUAGACAUUAAAAAUUCUACAAGCUUUACGUCUGUCAAAUACGAAUUUUCCCGCAGGGAGAGUAAACUAUAUUUAAUAGUUUGCCAGUCAAUUGGCGUAGCAGUUAAACAAUCAGUGAUGAUCAGUGUAGGUAGCGAAAAAUAUCUGACCGGUCGCAUCAUGGCACAUGGUUAAUUAAUUUUAAUUAAUCCAUUCUAAAUCCUUAAUAAACAAUCUCAUCAUUAGCCUAUUAAUGUCCCCACUGCUGGGGCACAGGCCUUCCCUAUGGAUGGAAUAGGGAGAUUGGGCCAUGACCCACCACGCGUGCCCAGUGCGGAUUAGUGGGUGCUAACGACUGCAGAUGCAGCCGG